AUGCGUUCAAUAAUUUAUAUAGCUGCAAUUUUAUUUUUAUACAAACAUACAAAAGCGUUGGACAAUGGUGUAGCAUUAACACCUCCAAUGGGGUUCAUGGCUAACAUGGCAACGUUUCCGAUUGAAACUUUAAUUCGUCAACAAGCUCAAUUGUUAGUUUCUGGAGGAUAUUUAUCAGCUGGUUAUGAAUACAUAAUUAUUGAUGAUUGCUGGUUGAAUAUGACGAGAGCACCAGAUGGUACAUUACAGCCCGAUAAUAAACGCUUUCCAAGCGGCAUUCCAGCCUUAGCUGACUAUGUUCAUUCGCUUGGGUUAAAAUUUGGUAUCUACGAAGAUUACGGUACAGAAACAUGCGCUGGAUACCCGGGAAUAUUGGGUCAUCUAGAACAAGAUGCUAAUACAUUUGCCCAAUGGGGGGUUGAUUAUUUGAAAUUAGACGGUUGUAAUGUUGAUGUGGCACAAAUGGACACAGGUUAUCCAGAGAUGGGCGCACUUUUAAAUAAAACUAAUCGACAAAUAGGCUAUUCAUGUAGUUGGCCUGCGUAUCAAGAAUUUUCAAAAAUAACUCCAAAUUAUACGGCUAUUGCCGAUUCAUGCAAUCUUUGGCGAAACUGGGCUGAUAUCGACGAUUCAUGGGAAAGUGUAUACGCAAUUAUCCAAUGGUUUGCCGACAAUCAAGAUCGUCUAGCUCCACAUCAUGGACCUGGCCAUUGGAAUGACGCUGAUAUGCUUGUAAUUGGGAAUUUCGGUUUGAGUCCUGCACAAUCUCGUGCCCAAAUGGCGUUGUGGUCAAUUCUUAGUGUACCACUCAUUUUGUCGGUUGAUCUUCAUACAAUAAGCGACUGGGCUAAAGAUAUAAUAUUAAACAAGAAUUUAAUUGCAAUCAAUCAAGAUCCAUUAGGGGCAAUGGGCAAAAGAAUUCUCAAAUUAUCAAAUAGUAUUCAAGUUUGGAGUAAGCCAUUACUAAAUGAUCGUACAGCGUUUGUUGUACUUUCUCCCGAGCCGUAUGGAACGCCAAUUCACGUCAGUGUCUCGUUAGAAAAUCUUGGUCUUACUCGUUAUCAAGAUUAUGAUUUUUUUGAAUCAUUUGAUUCAAAAUAUAUCGGAAAGUAUCAUUAUAACCAAGUGUUUAAUUUCACAGUAAAUCCAUCGGGCGAUGUUUUUGCAUUUUAUACGUCACCCCCACACUAA